AUGAGUGAAAUUCGUCUUUUGGAUCUCAUCAAGCCUUUUCAAUCAGUUGUUCCUGAAGUGCAACUUCCAUACGAAAAAAUUAUUUUCGAUGAGAAGAUUGUGUACACUGUGGCAGCUGCAGCUAUAUAUCUUCUUCUUGGUCUUCCAGUGAGUGGUGUCGAUGAUAGCAAAAUUGUUGACCCAUUUUCUUGGCUCAGGUCGGGUUUUGGUUCAAGAGCCGGAACUUUCUUGGAAUUUGGUGUUUUCCCAGCUGCAUUUUCCGCAUUCUUUUGGCAGAUUCUCGCCGGAAAGAAGCUACUCAAAGUUGACUUCAGUUCUCCGUCAGAUCGGAGGUUGUUUCAAACUUUGCAAAAGAUAACUUCUUUCAUUCUCGGAUUUGUUUUUGCAAUUCUUCUCGUUUUCUCCGACUACUUUGAGCCUUUGGACCUUUUCUCAAAGACAGAGGAAGGAAGUUCAGCCUUGACAUCCCCCUCCGUUGUUGCUAAAUCUCUCAUUAUUGUCGAGUUGACUGUUAGCAAUGCUAUUGUCACUUUGUUGGUUGAACUUCUUGAUAAGGGUUAUGGCUUUGGUCCUGGCAUUUUGGCUUACAUUACGGCUUCUGCUGCUACCACUUUGGCCACUUCAAUGUUUGGUUUAACCACAUUUGUUACUUCUCGUGGUAAGGAAUCUUCCGGUGCGCUCAUUCAGCUUGGCCGAAAUUUGUUUUCCUCCAAAAGCUGGACUUAUGCCGUGUAUGAAGCUUUCACUAGAAACAUCGGGGCCAACUUGACUCAAGUCUAUGUUGCUAUUGCAGCUUUCUUUGCUACCCUCUACCUAUCGAAUUGCAGAUACGAAAUUUCUGUGAAGUCGACCAAAGUCAGAGGAAUGUCUACUGUUUAUCCUGUUAAGCUUCUUUAUUGCGGUGCUCUUCCAGUUCUCUUCACAUUUUCUAUUCUAUACUUUUUGAACAUUGUUGGGUUCACGUUAACAAGAAUAUGUGCUAACUCAAAGUACAUUAACUAUAUCAGUCUAAUUGGACACUGGACUUUGGAUGCUGAGACGAAAAAAACAUACAAUCUUGACGGUGGUAUUUUGUAUUUGAUAUCUGCAGCUCCUUCUUCGAGCAACUUGGUUCUUUCCAUUAUCAGGCCAUUUACAUUUUUGUUCUUUGUGGUUAUGGUUUCUACAUACUUUGGCAAAUUUUGGCCAUUUAUGUCUGGCUCUGCUGCAAGGGGUGUUGCCAAGAUGCUCAAGGAACAGGAUAUUACUCUUGUCGGUCGUAGAGAUGUUGCUGUGGCUAAAGAGCUUGGAAAGAUUAUAUCACCAGCAAGCAGAUCAGGUGCUCUAUUUUCAUCAGCCAUUGUGGCAUUUGCCGAGUGCUGUGGUAGAUGCAAAGGAAUUGCUUUCAGUACAUGUGUUGGCAUUUUGGCCGGUCUUUCAAUUAUGGAAGACAUAGUUUCUGAAUGGCAGCAGACAGGUGCCGCUGCAAACUCACAGUUUUCACAAUUUCUACCUACACAGUGA